AUGCGCCUGACUACUACCGUUUUUAACGCCCUUCUGGGGGCUUAUUUCGCAUCUGCGAACGAAGUUCGAACCCACUGCAAUCAUAAACCCCUCAACACCACAAGUUUCAACUAUUUCACCGAUGUAGCGAAUCAGACUGUUCAUGAAAUUGCUGUAAAGUUUAACAGAGGUGUAUGUGACAUUGGUCGUGCCAAUUUGAUGGUCGACGUAUCAGUUGUGCCCAACGUUGGACAGACUCUUAUUAUUCCUGGUCAAGUUUGUCAUCCUGAUUGGACCUCCUGCAUCAUUGAUGGACCAGGAAAAAACGAUUGUUUGGUGGGUGGACCGCGUCUAUACUACACCGUGAACGGGGAUACUUUGUGGAAGAUUGCCGGACGCCUCAACAUGACUCUCGACUCUAUCCAAUCUGGAACUCAGUAUGAGGCCAAUGAGACCAUGGCUGCGGGCCAGUUUGUCAAGAUCCCUUUGUGCUAUCCUAGUGCAUGCGAGAUUGAGCCUUAUACUUUCUCCAGGGGUGUCUAUAAGGACCUUGCAGACAAGUACGGCUCGACUGUGGGCCAGAUUCAAAUGCUGAGUCCGACAUACAACUACAGCUCCAGUGCCAGCGAAGGUGGCGCUGGUCCUUCUAUUGAUAUUGCCAAAAACUGCCGUUUGCUGUCAUCCAACUAUACAAUCCUUGAAUAA